UUCUUCAGGCUCGGGGAAAGGGAAUGCCCAAUUCAGAGAGACAUGGGGGCAAGAAGGACGGGAGUGGAGGAGCUUCUGGAACUUCGCAGCCGUCAUCGGGAGGUGGCAGCUCCAACAGCAGGGAGCGUCACCGCUUGGUGUCGAAGCACAAGCGGCAUAAGUCCAAACACUCCAAAGACAUGGGGUUGGUAACCCCCGAAGCAGCAUCUUUGGGUACAAUAAUUAAACCUUUGGUGGAGUAUGACGACAUCAGCUCUGAUUCAGAUACCUUCUCAGAUGACAUGGCCUUCAAAUUAGACAGGAGGGAGAAUGAUGAACGUCGCGGAACGGAUCGGAGUGACCGCCUGCACAGACAUCGUCACCACCAGCACCGGCGGUCCCGAGACUUGGUAAAAACUAAGCAGACCGAGAAAGAAAAAAACCAGGAAGUCUCCAAAUCUGGAUCUACGAAGGACCGGAUAUCAGGAAGUUCAAAACGUUCAGUGGAGGGGAAUGAUGAUUAUGGGAAGACACAAAUAUCCAAAAGCAGCAGCAAGGAAUCCAGGUCGUCCAAACUCCACAAGGAGAAGACCCGGAAAGAACGUGAGUUAAAGUCUGGACACAAAGACCGGAGUAAAAGCCAUCGGAAAAGGGAAACACCCAAAAGUUACAAAACGGUGGACAGUCCUAAACGGAGAUCCAGGAGUCCCCAUAGGAAAUGGUCUGACAGUUCCAAGCAAGAUGACAGCCCUUCGGGAGCUUCUUACGGCCAAGAUUAUGACCUUAGCCCCCCAAGGUCUCACACUUCUAGCAAUUACGACUCGUAUAAGAAGAGUCCUGGAAGUACCUCAAGAAGGCAGUCGAUCAGCCCACCUUACAAAGAGCCGUCUGCUUACCAGUCCAGCACUAGGUCGCCCAGUCCCUACAGCAGACGGCAGAGGUCUGUGAGUCCCUAUAGCCGGAGAAGGUCGUCCAGCUAUGAAAGGAGUGGCUCUUACAGCGGGAGAUCACCCAGUCCCUAUGGUCGAAGGCGAUCUAGCAGCCCUUUCUUGAGCAAGAGGUCUCUGAGUCGGAGUCCAAUCCCCAGUAGGAAAUCCAUGAAGUCCAGAAGUAGAAGUCCUGCAUAUUCAAGACACUCAUCUUCUCAUAGUAAAAAGAAGCGAUCCGGAUCACGCAGCCGUCAUUCCAGUAUCUCACCUGUCAGGCUUCCAUUGAAUUCCAGCCUGGGAGCUGAACUCAGUAGAAAAAAGAAGGAAAGAGCAGCAGCUGCUGCAGCAGCAAAAAUGGAUGGAAAAGAAUCCAAGGGUUCACCUAUAAUUUUGCCUAAAAAAGAGAAACUUGAAGUGAAGGAGUCAGGGUUAGAGUCAAAAAAAUUACCCAGAGGUGGAAAGUCAGAAAAAUCUAUCCCAGAUACUGAACUGGUAAAUAUAGCACAUUCAAACACAGAGGUAAAAAAUUGUUUAGAGGCAGGGAAAGUAAAGUUGGAUGAGAACUUGCAGAACCAUCCUGUUAAGGAUUUGAAAGCACAGGGAACAAAGGACACUAAACCUCUAACAUUGAAGGAGGUGAUUGUUACUUCAAAGGAGACAGAGACAUCAGAAAAAGAGACCCUUCCACCUCUCCCCACAAUUACUUCUCCACCCCCUUUACCAUCUACUACCCCUCCACCUCAGACACCCCCUUUGCCACCUUUACCUCCACUACCAGCUAUUCCACUGCAGCCACCUCUGCCUCCUCCCCAACCACCAUUUAGUCAAGUUCCUGUUUCCAGUACUUCAACUUUGCCCUCUUCUCCUCACCCAAGGACAUCUACUCUAUCCUCUCAGAUAAAUUCUCAGCCCCCUGUACAGGUUUCUGUGAAGACUCAAGUGUCUGUAACAGCUGCUAUUCCACACCUGAAAACUUCAACAUUGCCUCCUCUGCCCCUCCCUCCCCUGUUACCUGGAGAUGAUGACAUGGAUAGUCCAAAAGAAAUGCUUCCUUCAAAGCCUGCAAAGAAAGAGAAGGAGCAGAGGACCCGCCACUUACUCACAGACUUGCCUCUUCCUCCUGAGCUACCGGGUGGAGAUCCAUCUCCCCCAGAUUCUCCAGAGCCAAAGGCGAUUACACCACCUCAACAACCAUAUAAAAAGAGACCAAAAAUUUGUUGUCCUCGUUAUGGAGAAAGAAGACAAACAGAAAGUGAUUGGGGGAAGCGCUGUGUGGACAAGUUUGACAUUAUUGGGAUUAUUGGAGAGGGAACCUAUGGCCAAGUAUAUAAAGCCAAGGACAAAGACACAGGAGAACUAGUAGCUCUGAAGAAGGUUCGUCUAGACAAUGAGAAAGAAGGCUUCCCGAUCACAGCCAUCAGGGAGAUCAAGAUUCUUCGUCAGUUAGUCCACCGAAGUGUUGUUAACAUGAAAGAAAUUGUCACAGACAAACAAGAUGCACUGGAUUUCAAGAAGGACAAAGGUGCCUUUUAUCUUGUGUUUGAAUAUAUGGACCAUGACUUAAUGGGACUGCUAGAAUCAGGUUUGGUGCAUUUUUCUGAGGACCAUAUCAAGUCAUUCAUGAAACAGCUAAUGGAAGGAUUGGAUUACUGUCACAAAAAGAAUUUCCUCCAUCGAGAUAUUAAAUGUUCUAACAUUUUGCUGAAUAACAGCGGGCAAAUCAAACUAGCAGAUUUUGGACUCGCUCGGCUCUAUAACUCUGAAGAGAGUCGCCCAUACACAAACAAAGUCAUUACUCUGUGGUAUCGACCUCCAGAGCUGCUUCUUGGGGAGGAAAGAUACACACCAGCCAUUGAUGUUUGGAGCUGUGGAUGCAUCCUGGGGGAACUGUUCACAAAGAAACCUAUUUUUCAAGCCAAUUUGGAACUGGCUCAGCUAGAGCUGAUCAGUCGUCUCUGUGGUAGCCCUUGUCCAGCAGUGUGGCCUGAUGUUAUCAAGCUACCCUACUUCAACACCAUGAAACCGAAGAAGCAAUAUAGGAGACGCCUAAGAGAAGAAUUCUCUUUCAUUCCUUCAGCAGCUCUUGAUUUAUUGGACCACAUGCUGACACUCGAUCCUAGCAAGCGUUGCACCGCUGAACAGACCCUGCAAAGUGACUUCCUUAAAGAUGUGGAACUCAGCAAAAUGGCACCUCCAGACCUACCUCACUGGCAGGAUUGCCAUGAAUUGUGGAGUAAGAAACGUCGACGGCAGCGACAGAGUGGAAUUGUGAUAGAAGAGCCACCUCCAUCCAAAGCUUCUCGAAAAGAAACUACCUCAGGAACAACAGCUGAGCCUGUGAAGAACAGCAGCCCAGCACCACCUCAGCCUGCUCCUGUCAAGGCAGAGCCUGGUCCUGUGGAUGCAGUAGGCCUUGGUGACAUCACACAGCAGCUGAAUCAAAGUGAAUUGGCAGUGUUAUUAAACCUGCUACAGAGCCAAACUGACCUGAGCAUCCCUCAAAUGGCCCAGCUGCUUAAUAUCCACUCCAAUCCAGAGAUGCAACAGCAGUUGGAAGCCUUGAAUCAAUCUAUUAGUGCACUCACUGAAGCCAAUUCCCAGCAUCAGGACUCAGAAACCGUAGCCCCAGAGGAAUCAUUGAAGGAGGUACCCUCUGUAUCUGUGGUCCUGCCUUCAGCAGAACAGACAACUCCUGAAGCUUCAAACACACCAGCUGACAUGCAGAAUAUGUUGGCAGUUCUCUUGAGUCAGCUGAUGAAAACCCAAGAGCCAGCAGGUAACCUGGAGGAAAACACCAGUGACAAGAAUAGUGGGUCACUGGGACCCCGAAGAACUCCUACAAUACCACAGGAGGAGGCAGCAGCAUGUCCUCCUCACAUUCUUCCACCAGAGAAGAGGCCCCCUGAACCCCCUGGACCUCCACCGCCGCCACCUCCACCCCCUCUGGUUGAAGGCGAUCUUUCCAGCGCCCCCCAGGAGUUGAAUCCCGCCGUGACAGCCGCCUUGCUGCAACUUUUAUCCCAGCCUGAAGCAGAGCCUCCUGGCCACCUGCCACAUGAGCACCAGGCCUUGAGACCAAUGGAGUACUCCACCCGAUCCCAUCCAAACAGGACUUACGGAAACACUGAUGGGCCUGAAACAGGGUUCAGUGCCACUGACACUGAUGAACGCAGUUCUGGUCCAGCCUUGACAGAAUCUUUGGUCCAGACCCUGGUGAAGAACAGGACCUUCUCAGGCUCUGUGAGCCACCUUGGGGAAUCCAACAGUUACCAGGGCACAGGAUGGCAGCAGCAGGGAUGGCCCCUGAAGAACUCAGGGACAUCUAUCAGUUACCUCGCAUCCAGAGCCUGUCAGUCUCAUUCACAAAACUUGAAGCCAGGUUCAGUGGAAGGUUCCACAUAUCCAAACACUGCAUGAGACACCAGAAGUAGAGGCCUGCAGGCUGCUUCCUGUCUUUAAUACCCAGAGCUGGCACCUCCAGCUUCCUUUCCUGCUGGUAGAUGUGGAAGCCAAGACCCAGAGAGGAGGAACGAGUUGAAUCCAUCCCUGAAGUUGCUUUAUGUUCUGGAUUUGAGAGUUCCUGGGAUCACGGGGCAAGAGAGGUGUUUUUCCUGAAUGUAUGUCUGCACACUACUUGGGUGCUUGGUGCCGGUGGAGGCCAGAAGAGGGCAGGGACCCCAGAAGAGGCCACGGAUCCCAGAAGAGAGCAUUGAUCCCCUGGAACUGGAAUUAUAGAUGGUUGUAAUUUGCCAAGUGGGUGCUGGGAAUCCAACCCAAGUCCUCUAGAAAUGCAACCAGUUCUCCGAACCACUGAGAAAUCUCUCCAGUCCCCUAUUUAUUUUAUAAUUAUGUGUAUACAUCUGUGUCUGCUUGAGUGCAGUUGCCUGCAGAGGUCAGAAGACCCCAGGAUACCCCGGAGCUGGUGUUAUAAGCAAUGUCAGCCACCUGACAUGGGUGCUAGGAACCAAACCCAGAUCUUCAGCAAGAACAAGUGCUCUUAACCACUGAUCCAUCUCGUCAGCCCUCAUCCUGUGCAUUUUUAAUAGUAGAAUUAUUAGACCAACAGAUACAAAUAUCCAUUCCCCAUUGUUAUGAUUAUUUUACUGAUAGAUUCUAAUGAGAAUAAUAUUUAAUAUUAAUCUUACUCUUUGUAAUGAGAAUAUUUCUUACGCUUUCUGCGUGUGUAUGUUUUGAGACAGGGUCUCUCUAUGAGUCCUUGCUGUCCUGGAACUUACUAUGCAUGCUGGCCUCUAGCUCACAGAGUUCUUCCUGCCUUUGCUUCCCACAUGCUGAAAUUAAAGGCAUACACCAACAUGCUUGGCCUUAAUCUUCUUUUUUUGAAUUCUACGGUGGAGACGAAAGGGCAAGGCACUGUAGAGAGGUUCUUUAUUGUAGUUGAUAGGUUGCUUCUUCUUUCCUUCCUUUCUUUUUCUCUUCCUUUGUUUUGCCUUUGUUUGUUUAUUUAUUUAUUGUUUUUUUCAAGACCGGGUUUCUCUGUAGUCUUGGCUGUCCUGGAACUUGCUCUGUAGACCAGGCUGGCCUUGAACUCAAAAGUCUGUCUGCCUCUUUGCCUCACAUGAUCCUUUGUUGAGACAAGCUCUCCUGUAGACCUGGCUAUCUCAGACCUGUUACGCAAGUGAAGAUGAUAUUGAACUUUUGAUCCUCCUGCCUCUACCUCCUAAGUACUGAAGUUAGAGAUGUGUUUUACCAUAUCUUGCUUUUUUAGAUUUUUAAGUGAAAUAAUUGUAGAUUGACUUUCAAUUGAAGAAAUAAUACCAAGAUCUGGGUAUAAUGGUUCGUUCUUGUAAUCCCAGCACUCAAGAGGCUAAAACAAGAGAAUUACCUAAAUUUGAGACCAGUUUGACCUACCGAAUGAGUUACAGCCAGCCAGGGGUAAAGUGAAACCCUGCCAUUACAAAAAACAAAGUAAAAGAAAACAGGCUGGGUGUGGUGGUGCACCUUUUCAGUCACAACAUUCAGGAGGAUUUUAUGAGUUUGAGGCCACUCUAGUGUACAUGGUUCUAAGCUAGUCAUAGCUAUGUAGUGAAACCCUGUCUCUAAAAAAGGGGCUGGGGCUGGGGAAAUGAUUCACUGAGCAGAUGUGUCUCCAUAUAACCAUGAGGGCCUGAGUUCACAUCUUCCACAGACACAUUUUUAAUCCCAGCUCUAGGGGGUAGAGUAGAAACCGGUGGGUCCCAGAAUUGCUGAGCAGCCAUCCUGACCAAUUGAUGGUUCUUUCGUUCAGUGAGUAAUCCUGUGUCAAAAAAUAAGGUGAAGAGUAAUAGAGUAAGAUACUCAUCAACCUCUAGGAUCUACAUGCAUGAUCACGUGUGUACCCACAGAGAUAGAUAUUUGUGUGUGUAUACAUGCAUAUGUACAUACACAUACAUACAUACAAAAACAAGAGGCCC